CUACUUUCAGACGCAUUCACUUUCGAAAGAAGCAUCAUUCAAGCAAAAUGAGUGGUCGCGGAAAAGGUGGUAAAGGACUCGGGAAAGGAGGCGCUAAGCGUCACCGUAAAGUUCUCCGUGAUAACAUCCAGGGAAUCACCAAACCCGCCAUCCGCCGUCUGGCUCGCCGUGGCGGAGUGAAACGUAUCUCUGGUCUCAUCUACGAGGAGACUCGCGGUGUGCUUAAGGUGUUCCUGGAGAACGUGAUCCGUGACGCCGUCACCUACACCGAGCACGCUAAGAGGAAGACCGUGACCGCCAUGGAUGUAGUGUACGCUCUGAAGAGACAGGGCCGCACUCUGUACGGCUUCGGAGGUUAAACCUGUUAGUUCAUCUCACAACAACCCAAAGGCUCUUUUAAGAGCCACCCACAUCAUCUAGAGAG